UUUGGGGGAGGGGAUUUUUAAACCAAACUUGAGUCUGAUUAGGAAAAAGUUUGUCGUCCUUUUUAGAAAAAAUCCAAGAGGAGAUCAGUAGCUUUAUACCUAAUUUUGUAAUUUCAUAACUUAAAUGCAUCAUGAAACAAUAUCAUUCGAAGUCAUAAGGCCUGCCUAAUCUCUCUCAGUCUCUAUGUAUAUUGUAUACCUACAUUUCUAACUAACUGCAUCUUUCAUAUUAAAACUGAAAAGCAGAAUAUAUUAUUAUAUUUGAGAUCUGUAAAUAUUAAACCAUGUUUCGUAAAACUAAUGAAUGCUAUAGAAUGAUUAAGUUCUGCACUCCAAUUACAAGGAAUUCAAAAAGUUGCAGAAAUAUAUGCAACACAUGAAAUAUUUUUCAUCAGGAGAGUCAUCGAACAAAAUUAAGAAGAUUGAAAAUGAAAUUGAAGAAGAUAAUACCGAAGAAAGUGUAUUGCAACCUGUUGCAAGAAAAAGUAUUAUUCAAAUGGAUGAAGAAGAUACAGCGGUAGAGCGCAGUGUGAAACGAAAAAUGGUUUCACAAAACACCAUGUACCAGCAGAUGUUAGCAGAGUCUGCACCUGACGAUGAAGAGGCGGUUCUGGAAUACUAUGUACGGAAAGCACAGGAACAUACAGAUUUAGUUGAUGAUGCAGAGUAUUAUGAUGUUGUUGAAGCGGAUAAACGUCUCUUUUUCAAAAUGGUUGACAUGUGGAUUCAAGAUGCAGGUGAAACUCGUAGAGGACACAGGGAGUUUGUGCAAGUUGCCCUAAAUAAUCUUGAUCGAUUCAAUGUCCAGCAUGAAUCCAAAGCGUAUUUAAAAAUACUUGAAUGUUAUCCUCAAUCAGAACAUACUGGCAUGCGAAGAGACGAGUGGUUUAAAUCGGUGUGGCAAGAUAAAAUUAUAGAUCAUGAACUUGGUGGAAGAUUAUUUAGUAUUAUGGCAAAAAACAAUGCCCUUAUUAAUGAUGAAUUUUAUAAUGCAUGCAUGAGACUUUUUGGAAAAUUCAGCCGAGCUACUGUGUCUGCCAGGCAGCUUAUUUUUUGGCAGCCUAGGUUGUCUGCAUUUGUUCCAUUUCUUAUCUCCAAACUAGAAUUAGAAAAAUUGACUCCCAUUGAAAUUGCUGUAAGAGGUUUGAGACAAGUGAAUCCUGGUAUAGAUGCUUCAUAUCGAAGAUUUGAAGUAGACUCAUCAGUUCUCAAUGAUGAAAAAUUGACUCCGGAAGCAGAAAUAGAUUGCAUAAUAAGCGUACAAACAGAUCAUCAAAGAGAAAUGCUGGAUCACCAUGAUGUAACCAAGCCACUUUUUGUAGAAGGGCCUAAUAUGGUGUACUUUCAAAAUAAAAAAAUUCAAUACUAUAUUAUGAGAACUGACCCAAUUGAAAACAAGAUCGAAAUGUCUGAACAAGAACGAGUGUUAACUGAUAAGGAAUGGUGGACCCAGUUUUAUGGUUCAGACUUUGGAACUUCCAAAAGAUUUUUCAAUAAAUCUACGCAAGAAUUAUAUUCAACUGAAAGUUUCUUGCCUAGAGUAAAAUUAGAAAGUAAAAGUUUUGUGGACUUGCAGCAGAAUGAAAUAAUUCAAGUUGAAGAUGACACUAAACCCUUUGAGGGUAAUGUAUUUGCAGUUGCUGCAACUGAUCAUAAGUCUAUUGGUGCUCUGCGGAGUUGGGUCAAGGGUUUAGAGCCUUCCAAUCCGAAGCUCUCACAAUUAACUGUAAUUUUUAAUGAAAAAGUAAAUUUUUUGUCUGAAGGUUAUAAAAUUGGCCCACAAAACAUAAAAGAUGACCACCGUGGUUGAUAGAAAUAGUAAAGGUGCAGAAAUGUAUACAUGAUCUAUGAAUAAUUGCGUAAAAAUGCGAAUAAUAUAUUUAGAAACUUUAUCAAUGUUUCUUUAUCAACUUUAUGAAACUUGGCUUUGUGCAGUUCUUCACUCCAAUACAUGGGCAGAUUUAUUCCUCAAUAGUAGGAAAAGCAAAGUCACAAAAAUCACUUAGAAGCAUAGCUCCUUUUACAUGGAUCAUGUUAAGUUUUUGUGUGUACCAUAUUCAUGUCAAAUUUUUGGUUGUUUUCGAUAAAAUUUAAUAUGUCUGAGUAUACUUUAAUUUAUUAUAUCAUCUACUUUUAGA